AUGUCGCAGCAACAGUCGUUGAUCUACAGUUUCGUGGCACGUGGCACGGUGAUCCUCGUGGAGUUCACAGAUUUCAAAGGCAACUUCACAUCCAUCGCUGCUCAGUGCCUCCAGAAGCUCCCCUCUUCCAACAACAAGUUCACUUACAACUGCGACGGUCACACCUUCAACUACCUCGUCGAAGAUGGAUUCACCUAUUGUGUUGUUGCGGUUGAGUCUGCUGGGAGGCAGAUUCCGAUGGCAUUUUUGGAGAGAGUGAAAGAGGAUUUUAACAAGAGAUAUGGUGGGGGAAAGGCUGCAACUGCUCAAGCGAACAGUUUGAAUAAAGAGUUUGGGUCUAAGCUGAAAGAGCACAUGCAGUAUUGUAUGGAUCAUCCUGAUGAGAUUAGCAAGCUUGCUAAGGUGAAGGCUCAAGUCUCUGAAGUUAAGGGUGUUAUGAUGGAAAACAUCGAGAAGGUUCUUGACCGUGGUGAGAAAAUUGAGCUUUUGGUGGACAAAACCGAGAACCUUCGCUCACAGGCACAAGAUUUCAGAACAACGGGGACGCAGAUGAGAAGAAAGAUGUGGUUUCAGAACAUGAAGAUUAAACUCAUAGUUCUCGCCAUCAUCAUCGCACUGAUUCUCAUAAUCGUGCUCUCAGUCUGCCAUGGUUUCAAGUGUUAAAAUCCCCUGGAAAAUUCAAAACUCUCUUGAGAUCUUUCUCAUUCGGUACAUCGUACUACUGCCUUUUUCCUUUUAUUGUCCUAUCAUCAUCAUCAUCAUUCUAAUGUUUCUGCUUGAAUUGGUUUUUGUAUAGAUAGACAUAUAUAUAUAUAUAUAUAUAUG